CAAGCGGGGAGGGGAUCCCUCCGAGCCCCGGCAUGGCCCGCUGGAUCCCUACCAAGCGCGAGAAGUACGGCGUCGCCAUCUACAAUUAUGAUGCCGUCCAAGAUGUCGAGCUGUCCUUGCAGGUUGGUGAUACAGUUCACAUCCUGGAGAUGUAUGAAGAUUGGUACAGAGGAUACACUCUUCGGAAUAAAUCCAAAAAGGGCAUAUUUCCAUCAACGUACAUCCAUCUGAAAGAGGCAACUGUGCAAGAUGGCGGACAACAUGAGACAGUAAUUCCUAGUGAGCUGCCUUUGGUCCAGGAACUCACUAACACUUUGAGGGAAUGGGCUGUGAUCUGGCACAGGCUGUAUGUGGAGAACAAGAAGACUCUCUUUCGCCAUGUGCAGCAGAUGACCUAUAGCCUAAUUGAAUGGCGGUCCCAGAUCCUCUCCGGCACCCUUCCCAAAGAUGAGCUGGCUGAACUCAAGAAGAAAGUCACAGCCAAAAUAGAUUAUGGCAACAGGAUCUUGGGGCUGGACUUGGUGGUACGAGACGAUAAUGGCAACAUCCUGGAUCCAGAUGCUACCAGCACAAUUGCACUCUUUAAGGCACACGAGACGGCAUCCAAACGAAUAGAUGAAAGGAUCCAAGAGGAAAAGUCUUUGCAGCAGAAUGUAGACCUGCGGGGACAGUCCAUUUUCAAUACAACCCACACAUACAGUCUUUAUGUCAAUUUCAAGAACUUCGUCUGCAACAUCGGUGAGGAUGCAGAGCUGCUUAUGAGCCUCUAUGAUCCUGACCAAUCCAAGUUCAUUAGUGAAAACUACCUGGUUCGUUGGGGAAGUAAUGGAAUGCCAAAGGAAAUUGAAAAACUUAAUAACCUUCAAGCCGUCUUUACGGACCUUAGCAGUUCUGACCUGAUACGGCCUCGAAUCAGCUUGGUGUGUCAGAUUGUGAGAGUAGGCCACAUGGAGCUCAAAGAGGGCAAGAAACACACCUGUGGACUCCGGAGACCCUUUGGAGUGGCAGUGAUGGACGUUACUGACAUCAUCCAUGGAAAGGUGGAUGAUGAAGAGAAACAACAUUUUAUUCCCUUUCAGCAGAUUGCCAUGGAAACGUACAUCAGACAGCGGCAGUUAAUCAUGGCACCGUUAAUAACCUCUCAUGUGAUUGGAGAGAAUGAGCCCCUCACGGCUGUCUUCAACAAAGUCAUUGCUGGCAAGGAAGUGAAUCACAAAGGGCAAGGCCUCUGGGUUUCUCUGAAACUGCUGCCUGGUGAUUUAGCUCAAGUUCAGAAGGACUUUUCUCAUCUCAUUGACAGAUCUACUGCUGUGGCCCGCAAAAUGGGAUUCCCAGAGAUUAUAUUGCCUGGUGAAGUUCGGAAUGAUAUCUAUGUGACCCUAAUGCAUGGGGAAUUUGACAAAGGGAAGAAGAAGACCCCCAAGAAUGUCGAGGUCACUAUGUCUGUUCAUGAUGAAGAUGGCAAUCUCUUAGAGAAAGCUAUCCAUCCAGGUGCUGGUUAUGAAGGUAUCUCUGAAUACAAAUCAGUUGUCUACUACCAAGUCAAGCAACCUUGCUGGUAUGAAACUGUCAAGGUGUCCAUAGAAAUAAAAGAGGUCAGCCGCUACCACUUAAGGUUUACAUUUCGUCACCGAUCAUCACAGGAAUCGCGAGAUAAAUCGGAAAAGGCUUUUGGAAUGGCUUUUGUGAAGCUGAUGAAUGCAGACGGUACCACUCUGCAGGAUGGCAGACAUAACUUAAUAGUCUACAAGGGUGAAAACAAGAAAAUGGAAGAUGCUAAGUUCUACUUAACUCUGCCUGGCACCAAAGUGGAGAUGGAGGACAGAGAUGGUCUUCCAGCCAAACAUCAUGUAGCCAACUUUACCCCAACCAAAGACAGUACCAAGGAUAGCUUUCAGAUUGCAACUCUCAUCUGCUCUACAAAGCUGACACAGAAUGUUGACCUACUGGGGUUGCUGAAUUGGCGUUCAAACUCCCAAAACAUAGGACACAACUUGAAGAAGCUGAUGGAGGUGGAAGGAGGAGAAAUCGUCAAGUUCUUACAAGAUACACUUGAUGCGCUUUUCAGCAUAAUGAUGGAGAUGUCUGACAAUGAAACCUAUGACUUCCUUGUUUUUGAUGCACUAGUAUUUAUUAUUUCACUGAUUGGAGACAUCAAAUUCCAGCAUUUUAACCCAGUACUCGAAACUUACAUUUACAAACACUUCAGUGCCACCUUGGCCUAUGUAAAACUUACCAAGGUUCUAAACUAUUAUGUCGGAAAUGCGGAUGACUCCAGCAAGACGGAAUUGCUCUUUGCCGCUCUAAAAGCCUUGAAGUACCUCUUCCGGUUCAUAGUUCAAUCGCGAGUCCUGUACCUAGGGUUUUAUGGGAAAAGCGAAGAUGGAGAUGAGUUUAACAAUUCCAUCCGCAAGUUGUUCCUCUCUUUUAACAUCCUCAUGGACAGGCCUCUUGAGGAGGCUGUCAAGAUCAAGGGUGCUGCCUUGAAGUAUUUACCAAACAUCAUCAAUGAUGUCAAACUGGUAUUCGAUCCUGUUGAACUCAGUGUCCUCUUUAGCAAGUUUAUCCAAAGCAUCCCAGAUAACCAGCUCGUCAGACAGAAGCUCAACUGCAUGACGAAGGUUGUGGACAGUGACCUAUUCCGUCAAUCUGAGUGCCGAGAUGUUCUCUUGCCUUUGCUCGUGGACCAGUUAAGUGGUCAGCUGGAUGAUAAUUCCAACAAACCUGAUCAUGAAGCUUCUUCACAGCUCCUUAGCAAUAUUCUGGAGGUUUUGGAUCGGAAGGAGGUGGGACCCACGGCAGCUCACAUCCAGCUGAUUAUGGAGCGCCUGCUGAGGAGAAUAAACCGGACAGUGAUUGGAAUGAGCAGACAGUCUCCUCACAUUAGUAGCUUUGUCGCCUGCAUGACAGCUAUCCUGAGACAAAUGGAUGACUCCCAUUAUACCCACUACAUCAGCACGUUCAAAACCAGACAAGAUCUUAUUGAUUUCUUGAUGGAAACCUUCAUCAUGUUUAAGGAUCUGAUUGGCAAGAAUGUCUAUGCAAAUGACUGGAUGGUCAUGACCAUGACACAGAGCAGGAUUUUCCUCCGAGCCAUAAACCAAUACACCUCUGUGCUCAACCGCUUCUUUCUCGAUCAGGCAAGCUUUGAACUACAGCUGUGGAAUAAUUACUUUCACUUGGCAGUGGCCUUUCUUACCCACGAAUCUCUCCAGUUGGAGAGCUUCUCCCAGGCUAAACGGAGCAAGAUAGUCAAGAAAUAUGGGGACAUGAGGAAGGACAUUGGCUUCAAAAUAAGGGACAUGUGGUAUAAUCUAGGGCCUCACAAGAUCAAGUUCAUCCCCUCUAUGGUAGGCCCGAUCCUGGAGGUGACCUUGACACCUGAGCCCGAAUUGCGAAAGGCGACCAUCCCUAUAUUUUUUGACAUGAUGCAAUGUGAAUUUAACUUCAGCGGGAGCAGAAACUUCCAUAUGUUUGAAAAUGAGCUGAUAACAAAACUGGAUCAGGAAGUUGAAGGUGGUCGUGGGGAUGAACAAUACAAGAUUUUGCUGGAGAAACUCCUGUUGGAGCACUGUCGGAAGCACAAAUACCUCUCCAGCUCAGGCGAAGUGUUUGCUCUCUUGGUUAGCAGCCUGCUAGAAAACCUCUUGGAUUAUCGGGCCAUCAUGCAUGACGGGAGUAAAGAAAACCGCAUGAGCUGCACUGUCAAUGUGCUGAAUUUUUAUAAAGAAAAGAAGCGAGAGGAUAUUUACAUCAGAUACUUGUACAAACUCCGCGACCUACACACAGGCUCUGAAAACUACACCGAGGCAGCAUACACACUUCUCCUUCAUGCAGAGUUGCUCCAGUGGUCUGAUAAGCCAUGUGCUCCACAUCUGCUUCAGAGGGACAGUUACUAUGUCUAUUCGCAGCAGGAAUUGAAAGAGAAGCUCUAUCAAGAAAUCAUUGUUUUCUUUGACAAAGGCAAGAUGUGGGAGAAAGCAAUCCAGCUAAGCAAGGAGCUUGCUGACAUGUAUGAGAACAAAGUUUUCGAUUAUGAGGGCCUUGGCAAUCUCUUGAAAAAACGGGCCACAUUCUAUGAGAACAUCAUGAAGGCAAUGAGACCCCAACCAGAGUAUUUUGCUGUUGGGUAUUUUGGCCAUGGAUUCCCCUCCUUUCUGCGGAACAAGAUCUUCAUCUACCGUGGCAAGGAAUAUGAAAGGAGGGAAGACUUCAACCUGAAAUUACUGACCCAGUUUCCAAAUGCUGAGAAGCUGAGCAGCACUGCUCCACCCACAGAGGAGAUCAAAACGUCUGUUAAGCAGUAUGUCCAGUGCUUCAUAGUGAAACCUGUAAUGAACCUCCCACCAAACUACAAGGACAAGCCUGUUCCAGAGCAGAUUCUAAACUUCUAUAGAUCCAAUGAAGUGCAACAAUUCAGAUACUCCCGGCCAUUCAGAAAGGGAGAAAAAGAUCCUGAGAAUGAAUUUGCAACUAUGUGGAUCGAGAGGACCACCUACACAACUGCCUAUUCCUUCCCAGGAAUCCUCAAGUGGUUUGAAGUCAAACAGGUUGCAGUGGAGGAAAUAAGUCCCUUGGAGAAUGCCAUUGAAACGAUGGAGCUGACAAAUGAGAAAAUCAGCAACUGUGUUCAGCAGCAUGCCUGGGACCGCACCCUGCCUGUUCACCCUCUCUCUAUGCUCUUGAAUGGCAUUGUCGAUCCGGCCGUCAUGGGUGGAUACACCAAUUAUGAGAAGGCCUUUUUCACAGAGAAAUAUAUUCAAGAACACCCUGAAGAUCAAGAUAAGAUUGAACUGCUCAAGCAACUGAUUGCUUUACAGAUGCCUUUGCUGGCUGAAGGGAUUCGGAUUCACGGGAAGAAGCUGACAGAACAGCUGAAGCCUCUUCAUGACAGACUGACCUCCUGCUUCAAGGAGCUGAGGGAGAAAGUGGAGAAGCUCUAUGGUGUGAUAACUCUGCCUUCUUCACUGACGGAGAGAAAGCAGAGCAGGUCUGGGUCAGUGGUUUUGCCCUACAUCAUGUCCUCCACUUUGAGGAGGCUCUCGGUUACCUCUGUGACUUCCUCUGUGGGAUCAACAUCCUCUACCUCAUCAGACAGUACUUCCUCCAGACCAGGAUCAGAUGGAUCUAUUCUUGAACCACUGGUGGAAAGGAGGAAUUUGACAUCCUCCAGGAUGGAGGAGCUCCCGGCCAAGGAUGAUAGCGAGAACCGGACUAAUAAAUUCAGGCGGAAGGACUGGAGCCUCAGCAAAUCUCAGGUCAUUGCAGAGAAGGAGCCAGAGGCUGAGCUGACUUCCAUCAUGAAUGCAUCAGGAAAAGCACCAAGGCCAAAGAGUCUCCAGCUGGGGGAGAGCAGACUGUCGCUACUUCAGGGCUCAUCACUGCAGCAGGCCACACCUCUCAGCCCACUGCCGACUACUCCCAAAACGCCAAGAACCCAAAGCUUUCCUUCUUUGCAGGCAGAUGGAUUAGUGACUCUUAACUUGCAGAGCACUCCACCCCCACCUCCACCCAAAUGCAAUAGCAGCUCAAGGAACUCCGCAGAGGUCGCUCCACCUUUGCCCAACAGGCGGGAAGUCAGGCCUCCCCCUCCUCCUCCAAAAGCAAGGAAAUCCAGUGUCAUUUCUUCAGAUCCAGGACUGCAAUGAAAACUCCAGGCCAGCCCCCGCCCCUUGAAUGAAAUGUCUGCUGUCUUGUUUCAUGUAUAUGUUUUUCUUCUCUUUCCUGGGCUUCCCAGUGAUUUCCUCCUGCUGGACAAACAGCUGCACCCUCUUCAGCCAUACAAAAAUAAGCCGUUUAAUCUGUGUCAGUGAUUUGCUGUUUGAUUCCUAAGCUUCUGAUUUUCCCAGUUGCACAUCAAGGCACCAAGCAUUAACAUGUUGGCCUUCAGCCUGCAUCUGAGCUUUGACAGGUUCAGCUGGCCAAUAAUCUGUCUGUUCCAACCCUCUUCUUCUGAUGCCAGUAAGGCAGCAGCUGUGCUAAAGCUGUUUUCCUUAGUGGAGUUCUGCACUUUAUUGGUGAUUGUUGGCCUUUAAAUGGAUUAUAAGAAGAUCCCUGCAGUAUCAGGCCAAAGCAUCCUGUUCUCACAGUGGCCAACCAGUUGCCUGUGGGAAACCCACAGCCAGGGCCUGAGUGCAACAGCAUCUUCUCCCCACCCCCUGAGAUUUCCUGCAACCCGUUUUAAGAAUCCUGCUGCCUCCAGCAGUGGAGAAUAGAACAUAGCCCCUUAUAGCCUUCUCUUCCAUGACUUUGUCUAAUCCUCUUUAAAGCAAGAGGGAAGCACUGUAGCAUGGAAGGCAUCCUUUGACGUCCAUCAAGGCUACAAUGGAUUCUCGGGAGGAGUUCACCUGCACCCAGGCAAAGAUGAUGUUGGAACAGACAGGUGUAUCCACAGAGCAAGCUGCAGUCUUCCACACAAGCUCCCCAACAAGUUCAAGCGAUGCUUUACUUUGUCAAGUACAUGGAUAUUAUUCAGAAGAUUCUUGUCAAUGAAAAGAGGGCACUAUCCCCAUGACCCAUUUUGUUCCACUAUGUACAGUUCUGGUAUAGAGCAGAAGUUCUCAGUAUUUCUUUCUCUCAGGACUUUGCCAGUGCUGUCAUUUAUACUGUCAGUUCCUCAUUUUGUCUUAACUUAUCCAACCUUUGCACACAAACAGGGUUAAGUACACUACUUCAACUUCUUUUCUUACUUUUACCGAAAUUGUUGGUGUACAUUUUUUUGUUCCUCUGUCAAGUAGCUUGUUGCCUUUAAGACUGGCUUAAAGAUGUAAUUAUCCUUGAGAAUUUAGAGGACAGAUUGUGGACAAUGGUGCUUCCUGGUCUCCCAAAGCAAGAUUUGUAAACGAAGACCUGUUAGCAACUGAACUCUUUGCUAAACUGCAAAUGUAUGUAUAGCCACAUGUCUAGGCCUGUAAUGUAUUUACACUCAUGGGUUUUUUUGUUUUGACUUUGUAAAAUAAUGCUUCCAUGUUUCCUUGUUUUGUACCAGAGGCUCGCUCAUUGCCUAACCCGAGAGAGAGAGAGAGAGACUCAGAUAUAUUCCAGAACUAAUCCAGAUUGUUGGAUUAGUCAUAUUCAGACUUUCAGUUCCCCCAGGCAAGUAGAAUUACAAGAGGGUGAGUUGGGUAGGUGUUGGCUAACACCACUUCUCUCUUUCACAUCCUGUGCUGGAGGGUGACCAUUCAUUGACAAGCAAGAUCCUAAAUCGCAUAGGAAGUCUCCACAAAUAUAGCAGGCUCUCCACUGCAGGCUCUUCCAAUACAUGGGGUUGAUUGAUUGAUUGAAUUUCUUUGCAUGCUCCAUUUCCACAGUGAGCUGUGCCCAAAGUGGCUUGCAAUAAACGUUCAAGAACAAAGCAUUGGGGUGAAGGAGAGAAGUCUGUUUACAAAACAUCAAUAAAUUCAAAUAGGGCAAAAACCAUAAAUUUUAGCAAACACAGAAUAAAUUCAAUAUUACAAAAGAAAUAAUGUUUAUGUAAACAAAAGUCCUACCUGCUUAUGCUGGUCUGGUCUUCUUUCAUUCCAAGGAGCCUCAGCAAAAACAGUUUGGAGGGAAGAGGUCCUCUCACCUGGCUAGAUGGCUUACAGCUUGUUGUUCCUUGUCUUCUCCAGGGGAGAGAACCAAAGGGAAGUGCUGAAGACAGCAGUGAGGGUACUGUAAGUCCUCUUCCCACUGCUGGCGCAGGUCUCCUUGCACUGACUGGAGUGAGCGUAGGGCAGGUUGGAGA